GGUGUUGUGACUGAAACCCGUCAAUAUGGCGGCGAUCGGCCGCGGUCGCUCGCUGAAGAACCUCCGAAUACGAGGGCGGAAUGACAGCGGCGAGGAGAACGUCCCGUUGGACCUGACCCGAGAGCCUUCUGAUAACUUAAGGGAGAUUCUCCAGAAUGUAGCCAAAUUGCAAGGGGUUUCAAAUAUGAGAAAGCUGGGCCAUUUGAAUAACUUUACUAAGCUUCUUUGUGAUAUUGGCCACAGUGAAGAAAAACUGGGUUUUAACUAUGAGGAUAUUAUUAUUUGCUUGCGGUUAGCUUUGUUGAACGAAGCAAAAGAAGUGCGGGCUGCAGGGCUACGAGCUCUUCGGUAUCUCAUCCAAGACUCCAGUAUUCUACAGAAGGUGCUUAAACUGAAAGUGGACUAUUUAAUAGCCAGGUGCAUUGACAUACAGCAGAGCAACGAGGUGGAGAGGACGCAAGCACUUCGAUUAGUCAGAAAGAUGAUUACUGUGAAUGCUUCCUUGUUUCCUAGCUCCUUGGCCAAUUCAUUAAUAGCAGUUGGAAAUGAUGGACUUCAAGAGAGAGACAGAAUGGUCCGAGCAUGCAUUGCUAUUAUCUGUGAACUAGCACUUCAGAAUCCAGAGGUGGUGGCCCUUCGAGGUGGACUAAACACCAUCUUGAAAAAUGUGAUCGAUUGCCAGUUAAGUCGAAUAAAUGAGGCCCUCAUUACUACAAUUUUGCACCUCCUUAAUCAUCCAAAGACCCGAAAAUAUGUGCGAGCUGAUGUAGAAUUAGAGCGAAUUUUAGCACCCUAUACUGAUUUUCACUACAGACAUAGUCCAGAUACAGCUGAAGGACAGCUCAAAGAAGACAGAGAAGCAAGGUUUCUAGCCAGUAAAAUGGGAAUCAUAGCAACAUUCCGGUCGUGGGCAGGUAUUAUUAAUUUAUGUAAACCUGGAAACUCUGGCAUUCAGUCUUUAAUUGGAGUACUUUGCAUACCAAAUAUGGAAAUAAGGCGAGGUCUGCUUGAAGUGCUUUAUGAUAUAUUUCGCCUUCCUCUACCUGCUGUGACUGAAGAGUUCAUAGAAGCGCUGCUCAGUGUAGAUCCAGGUAGAUUCCAAGACAGCUGGAGGCUUUCAGAUGGCUUUGUAGCAGCUGAGGCAAAAACUAUUCUUCCUCAUCGUGCCAGAUCCAGGCCAGACCUCAUGGAUAAUUAUUUGGCAUUGAUACUUUCCGCAUUCAUUCGUAAUGGACUUUUAGAGGGUUUGGUUGAAGUGAUAACGAACAGUGAGGACCUUAUCUCAGUGAGAGCCACCAUCCUUCUUGGGGAGCUUUUACACAUGGCAAACACAAUUCUUCCUCAUUCACAUAGCCAUCAUUUGCACUGCCUGCCAACCCUAAUGAAUAUGGCAGCCUCCUUUGAUAUCCCCAAGGAGAAAAGAGUGCGAGCCAGUGCAGCCUUGAACUGUUUAAAACGCUUCCAUGAAAUGAAGAAACGAGGACCUAAACCUUACAGCCUUCACUUAGACCACAUUAUUCAGAAAGCAAUUGUAACACACCAGAAACGGGAUCAGUAUCUCCGAGUUCAGAAGGAUAUAUUUGUUCUUAAGGAUACAGAGGAAGCUCUUUUAAUGAACCUUAGAGAUAGCCAAGUCCUUCAACAUAAAGAGAAUCUUGAAUGGAAUUGGAAUCUUAUAGGGACCAUUCUUAAGUGGCCAAAUGUAAACCUAAGAAACUAUAAAGAUGAACAGUUACACAGGUUUGUACGAAGACUGCUUUAUUUUUACAAGCCCAGCAGUAAAUUAUACGCCAACCUGGACCUGGACUUUGCCAAGUCAAAGCAACUGACAGUUGUGGGCUGCCACUUCACCGAAUUUCUUCUUGAGUCUGAAGAGGAUGGGCAAGGAUACUUAGAAGAUCUAGUAAAGGAUAUUGUUCAGUGGCUCAAUGCCUCAUCUGGUAUGAAACCUGAAAGAAGUCUUCAAAACAAUGGUUUAUUGACUACCCUUAGUCAACACUACUUUUUAUUUAUUGGAACACUUUCUUGCCAUCCUCAUGGAGUCAAAAUGCUGGAAAAAUGCAGUGUAUUUCAAUGUCUUCUUAACCUUUGCUCCUUGAAAAACCAAGAUCACUUGCUAAAACUGACUGUUUCCAGCUUGGACUACAGCAGAGAUGGGUUGGCCAGAGUCAUCCUUUCCAAAGUCCUCACAGCAGCCACUGAUGCCUGCAGGCUGUAUGCAACAAAACACUUAAGAGUAUUAUUGAGAGCCAAUGUUGAAUUCUUCAAUAAUUGGGGAAUUGAAUUACUAGUGACCCAGCUACAUGAUAAAAACAAAACAAUUUCUUCUGAAGCUCUCGAUAUCCUUGAUGAAGCAUGUGAAGACAAGGCCAAUCUUCAUGCUCUUAUUCAAAUGAAGCCAGCUUUAUCCCACCUUGGGGACAAAGGUUUGCUUCUCCUUCUGAGAUUUCUCUCCAUUCCAAAAGGGUUUUCCUAUCUGAAUGAAAGGGGUUAUGUAGCAAAACAACUGGAAAAGUGGCACAAGGAAUAUAAUUUAAAAUAUGUUGACUUGAUUGAGGAACAACUUAACGAAGCACUUACUACUUACCGGAAGCCAAUUGAUGGUGAUAACUAUGUUCGUCGGAGUAACCAAAGAUUACAGCGUCCUCAUGUCUACCUGCCUGUGCACCUUUAUGGACAACUGGUACACCACAAAACAGGCUGCCAUUUGUUGGAAGUACAGAAUAUUAUUACAGAACUCUGUCACAAUGUUCGUACACCAGAUUUGGAUAAAUGGGAAGAAAUGAAAAAACUGAAAGCAUCUCUUUGGGCCUUGGGAAAUAUUGGCUCCUCAAAUUGGGGCCUCAAUUUGCUGCAGGAAGAAAACGUAAUUCCAGAUAUACUCAAACUUGCAAAACAGUGUGAGGUUCUUUCCAUCAGAGGGACCUGUGUAUAUGUUCUUGGGCUCAUAGCCAAAACCAAACAAGGCUGUGACAUUCUAAAAUGUCACAACUGGGAUGCUGUAAGGCACAGCCGAAAACACCUGUGGCCAGUGGUUCCAGAUGAUGUAGAACAACUCUGUAAUGAGCUCUCAUCUAUACCCAGCACCUUAAGUUUGAACUCGGAGUCAACCAGCUCUAGACAUAAUAGUGAGAGUGAAUCUGCACCCUCAAGUAUGUUCAUAAUGGAGGACGACCGGUUUGGCAGCAGCUCCACGAGCACGUUCUUCCUCGACAUCAGUGAAGACGCAGAGCCAGCCUUCUAUGACCGGCCUGGACCUGUAAAGGAUAAAAAUUCAUUCCCUUUCUUUGCUUCUAGCAAACUUGUGAAGAAUCGUAUCUUAAAUUCACUGACGUUGCCUAAUAAAAAACACCGUAGCAGCAGUGACCCAAAAGGAGGGAAAAUGUCAUCUGAAAAUAAGACAAGCAACAGACGGGUCAGAACGCUUACGGAGCCCAGCGUCGACUUUAAUCAUAGUGACGAUUUUACACCCACAGUACAGAAAACAUUACAAUUAGAAACUUCUUUCGUUGGGCAUAGGCACAUUGAAGACACUGGUAGUACUCCAAGUAUUGGAGAGAAUGACUUAAAAUUCACCAAGAGUCUUGGUUCAGAGAAUCACAGAGAAAACACGAGCCGAGAAAGGUUGGUUGUGGAAAGUUCGACGAGUUCACAUAUGAAGAUACGUAGCCAAAGUUUUAACACAGACACUACAACAAGUGGGAUAAGUUCCAUGAGCUCAAGUCCUUCCCGAGAGACAGUAGGAGUCGAUGCUACGACUGUGGACACAGACUGUGGAAGUAUGAGUACUGUGGUAAGUACGAAAACUGUUAAGACAAGCCACUACUUGACUCCACAGUCUAACCAUCUCUCUCUCUCCAAGUCCAACUCAGUGUCCCUGGUGCCUCCGGGUUCUUCUCAUACACUUCCUAGAAGAGCACAGUCCCUUAAAGCGCCCUCUAUCGCUACAAUUAAAAGUCUAGCAGAUUGUAACUUUAGUUACACAAGUUCUAGAGAUGCCUUUGGCUAUGCUACACUGAAAAGGUUACAGCAACAGAGAAUGCAUCCAUCUCUAUCACAUUCUGAAGCUUUGGCAUCUCCAGCAAAAGAUGUGCUUUUUACUGAUACCAUCACCAUGAAGGCCAACAGCUUCGAGUCCAGGUUAACACCAAGCAGGAUUGAUUUUAAAAGGAAGCAUGUCGGGGGAAUCAGGAGCUUAAGACCUACAAUAACAAACAACCUUUUCAGGUUCAUGAAAGCUUUAAGUUAUGCUUCGUUAGAUAAAGAAGACUUGUUAAGUCCCAUUAAUCAAAAUACCCUGCAGCGAUCCUCCUCAGUGAGGUCUAUGGUGUCCAGUGCAACAUACGGGAGCUUGGAUGACUACAUUGGCCUUGCUCUUCCGGUGGACAUCAACGACAUAUUCCAGGUAAAGGAUAUUCCCUAUUUUCAGACUAAAAAUAUACCUCCACCUGACGAUCGAGGUCCAAGAGUGUUUGCUCAUGAUGCGGGAGGUCUUCCAUCUGGAACUGGAGGUCUUGUAAAAAAUUCCUUUCACUUGCUACGACAGCAGAUGAGUCUUACGGAAAUAAUGAAUUCAGUCCAUUCAGAUGCUUCUCUGUUUUUAGAAAGUACAGAAGACACUGGACUACAGGAGCAUACAGAUGAUAACUGCCUGUAUUGUGUCUGUAUUCAGAUUCUGGGUUUUCAGCCCAGUAACCAACUAAGUGCAAUAUGUAGUCAUUCAGACCUUCAAGACAUUCCAUAUUCUGAUUGGUGUGAGCAGAGCAUCCAUAAUCCCUUAGAAGUGGUUCCCUCUAAGUUCUCGGGGAUUUCUGGCUGUAGCGAUGGAGUGUCUCAAGAAGGCUCAGCCAGCAGCACCAAAAGCACAGAACUGCUGCUAGGUGUUAAAACAAUUCCAGAUGAUACACCAAUGUGCCGUAUACUCCUUCGCAAAGAAGUUCUAAGAUUAGUCAUUAAUUUGAGUAGUUCAGUUUCAACUAAAUGUCAUGAAACUGGGCUUUUAACGAUCAAGGAGAAGUACCCGCAGACCUUCGACGACAUCUGCCUCUACUCGGAGGUCUCGCACUUGCUGGCGCACUGCGCCUUCAGGCUCCCGUGCCGGAGGUUCAUACAAGAGCUGUUCCAAGAUGUACAGUUUCUACAAAUGCACGAAGAAGCAGAGGCGGUGUUGGCCGUACCACCAAAGCAGCCCGUAGUUGAUCCAUCGGCCGAGUCCUGACCUCCUGCCUGCGAUGUGUAUAGACGGAUCCUGUGCACACAUUCACAUUGCGCAGUUCACGAACGCCUCAGGAGAUGCUGGCGGGCUGGGCCGCAAGGACGGGAGGGUCCGCGUGCGCUGUGCCAGCAGUUUUGGCGCCUGGACAGCUGGAACUGCAGACUUCCGUAACCAAACAACGUCCCCUGUCCCCGGUGCGCCCCGGUAGGGGUUCCGUGUUCAUUGCCACCAUCUUAAAAGUUUUAGUUUCCAUUGUAUGUGAGAGCCAAGCACUGAGUACCGACACAGGUUUUCUGCUUUCCCGUUCGAAGUGCUCAACCACGAGGAACAGUAAUAGGAUGUGCAGAAGCACCCUUCACGCAGUUGUUUCUGAGUUCUUCUCUUAGGGAAAAUGAAAAGAUGCCUUGUUUGUUGCCUGAGUCACGGAAGCCAGGGGUCAGUGUCUCUGAGGCUGUGUCCUGUCCCCACAGUGGGGGUGCUGUGACUGCUGGCGUGAGAGGGGAGCUUUUCUUAGCGUCGUAACACUACUCCAAGGGUUGUGACCUCAGAGCCAGAGGAGAGCCUCGGCGACCCGGGACUGAUAAGUUAUUUCUAUGUUGUUAGACUUGCAUAACGUUUCUUUCGUAUUUGUUUUCCUUCUCUUGACGUGUUGUUGUUAUAGGCUAUUUGAACUGAUUAAGGUUUUUCACUACAGUUCCUGAUUAAAAUCAGAAAAUCAUGUUACAGUUCAGCUGUUUCCCACAUAUAAAAUGCAUGAAUGUGUUCAGUGGACUUCCAUUCUCAUCACCUUCCCAUAUCACCAUUUCAAAUAGGAACUCGAACAAGCACUAUCAAUGUAGACGUAAAGCAGCAGAAAGCAUUAAAUGAUACUUGAAGGGAAAAACAAGAUUGCCUACAAUUUACUGUACAUUCCAUGGAAAAAGAAGAGCCAGCCAUAUUUCCUUUUAAAAAAUUAUUAAUGACACUGUUAUUACAAUUAAAAAUUGUAGUGAAAAGCCUUAAGUACCAAAUUUUAAAGCAGCAGUAAUUUAAUUUUUAUAUCAGUGUUCUUGUUUUGCACAAACUAAAUGCAGUGAUAGGUGAAUUUAUGCAUACAGUAAUUGUCUUUAUCAUGUUUGUGAAGUGGUUAAGUUGAUGAGGGCAAGGUUUCGUUAAUUUGUGUGUUUAAUUUGUAUAUGUCUAAAGAUUAUUUGAACAUCUUCACAGGAAUUACACAUAUAUGCAAAUUUGUAUAUAAAAACAGCAUGGCCAUCAUCAUUAGAAUGCUUGUAAAUGAAAGGAUUAUCUUUUUUAGGUCUGUGUAUAAAUAGAAAAAAUCCAGCUGGACUGAUUAGGACCCUUUUCUAAUUCAUUUGUGUAUGCCAUUUUUAGUCACACAUCAGCUUUGACUCCGUUGUCGUGUAUCGAUGAACACUUUCCUGUGUCACAAACCCUUCUGAUAAUGGGCUUACUCUCUGAGAUCUCUGUCAAGAACCCUGUGAACUAGCAAACCUAACUCACGAGAUACUUCUGAAACAACGCGCUGGCACUGAAAGUUCCAGUGGAGAUAAGUGUUUCAUCUCACUUCGUGACACCCCUUUGCGACUGCGCGUCAGCAGACUGUCCGUGCGUGCACUGUGUAGCAACUCACACUCUAACAAAGCAGAUAGGGCUGGAAGCUGCUGCUCGUGGUAAAGAGGGGUUCUUCAGACUUCCUCUCAGAAACCCAGUUGAAGAUAAGACACACACUUUUUUAUACUUUAACUUAUCACCGAACCCAAGUGUUUAUUUAAAUGUCGACAGUGCUUUUAAGAACGUCACCUGUCACCUUGGUCUUUGGUCUUGGAUGAUGAAACUGCCUUCCAGAGAACCAAGCGUCAGAGAAACUUAGACCAGAUAGUAGUUAAAAACUCCAAAGGAGGUAAUGUAGUAAUCUUACUUACAAUGGGAUUAACAUGCUUUAGACAUUCAUUUUCAACACUACCUCAGUUAAUGCAGAGUGUAAUCUGUGGUUUAAUCCCUCAGAGGUUAACAGUGAUUCUUUUCUGUCACACACACAUCACCCCGUACCUGCACCCAGACUCACUCGUCCACCCUGAAGUGAAGUCCUCAUUACUGUCCGCCAGAGCAGGGGUUUUUUGACAGUUACUUUGAAAGACUUAUAUGUAUACAUCAUAAUAUUUGCCUAUAGCACUUAGUUUGGGGAGAUACUCAGAGCUCUGUGGUUAUCAGUAAUUUAAGGGAAAAAAUGUACUUAAAUGGAUAAUGCUAUUUGGUUUAUCCAUAUUUCACUGACAGGUCUAAUAUGUUUUCUUUGAGUACUUGUUUGCAUAAAGAUAGAUUUUAAUGAUGAAAAAAGCUCACAUGCGUGCCAAGUGAUUAACUUAGGUGUUUAAAAAUUAUUAAAUUAUAGCAGAGAAGAUUAGGAAAAGUGUUGGUGGUAAUAGAAAUAAUUGAGAAAAUCGUCUAUAAAUAAUAGAUAUUGCCAGACUAUAAAAUACCAAAAUAAUGUCAAUACUAUAGUUUUUCAAGAUUUUAGAAUUCUUAGUCCAUACAUAUUUGUACUAAUGGUAAUUAUUGAUAAUUUGGAGGAAUUUGGACAGUUGUGCUGGUUGUAAACUGUGAAUUUCUCAUUGUAACAUGAAUUGUUACUUCUAACUGAAAUUUUUUUUCAAGAACAAAUUUCAGCUUCACAUACUAAGUUAAACUGAUAAAUAAGGAAAUUAGAAAUUAGUAUUCAUAAUUAAAUAUGAUCUAAGAUUUCUUAUACUUUUAUUUCCUGUUUAUGCUUAGGUAUAUUUGAGGGGGGAAAGUCUCUCCUCUCUAAUAAAAAUGUUUUUAAUCAAGAUUGGUAGCAUAUGGACAUCCUGUAUGACAGUGACAUUAGAAAAGGCUCUUUGGAGCUAGGUGUAUACAUUAUUAGACUAGUUACUCUAAUGUCAUGUGUACUAGUCCUUUGAAAUGGUGGCUUUAAUAGUUUUCAGCUCUUUCCUCCAGAGCUUGAAAUAAUUAAAGCUGAAUUUUUCAGGGCAUAUUCCAGUGGCAGAGUGUUCAACAGUGAGGUGUCAGUGCUUAUUUAGAAUUGUCCACUGCUAUUUAGGUGAGAAUUUUCAUUCCAUUCAGAGGAUGCCUUUUAUCCCCACAUUAAAGCACAGAUAAUUAAGCAAUAAAAACCAGUCAAAUUGUCAUCCAAAUUAUAACCACAGUUAUUUUUUGCAUGGUGAGAGUGAGGUGCUAAUUCUGUGUGACAUGAGCUUUGUAAGCUACCUUGGGAGAGGCCCUUUGGAAGUGAGAGGUUUCCCUUGUCCUGUGCUUCCAAUUUUGUCUCGAAUUCGCCAUCCAUUAAAACAUGGGGGAAACAAUACGUAGAAUUGCGAAGAGUUUUAUAAGAAAAGCUACUGAAAUAAAAGGAUAUAUCAGAUUUUCCAGAGUGUAAGUUGAGGAAGUUCUCCCUGGUAUCCCCAUUCAGGAAGUACAUUAUUACUGGUUCAAGUGCGAGUUUCACUAUAAAAGCAUGCCAGUGAAAUUAAUAGCAAUGCUUAUCAAACAAUAUUGAAAUCAGAGAAUCUUUCUAGGAGCAUUCGUUUUUUCUGUUUGUUCCAGGUUCCCAGGGGAGUUUUCAUUCAUAGGUUUAUAUGACUCACACAGAAUGUGGAUUUCUCCCCCUUUGGAGUAUUUUGGUAAUGUAGGCAGAUAACUAUGCCACAUCAUGCAUAAAUUGCACAUUUUGUUUGACUUUCUUUAUAAAAUAUUUCAUUUGAAAAAUAUAAUUUAUGCCAAAAAGUAUACCUUGUAAUUUUGCCACUGAACAGGUUGAUUUAGCACAAAAUGCAAAGUUUUGGGGCAGAAAGGGCUGGGGGUAAAAAUUUUUCAUACAUGACAGUUGAAAAGUGUUCCAUUGCUGGCCUGUCAGAAACCCUGAAGCUGCAUUGUAAAACAGAUAGUGUAAAUUAGUUUUGAAAAUGGUAAGGGGUUGUGAAAACAAUCUCAGAUUAGUCCUCCCUGACCAUAGGAUUUUCUUCUCUCUCUUUUUUAUUUAGUAAUACGCUGCUACAUAUUUGGAGGUUCUGGUGUUUGUAGGUCACUGAACAGACAUUGAAAUAUGAUUUAUAUUGUAUAACUGUAACAUAGAAAGAAAAAGUAUUUAUAUAUUUUCCGUAAGAAUAUUUCAUUGAGUUGUGUAUAAUUUAAAUAAGGUUUGUCCCCAAAUGGUUUUGCUCCACCUUGAUUUUUUUUUUGUGUGGUUUUCUUGUUUUUGUAUAAUGUGUACAGUUUAUGUCAAGGGCAUUAAAAGCCUCCUGAAACAUAAUCUUAUCAAAGGGAUACAUUCUUAAUAAAAUGUACUUAAAAUUCUUAAA